AUGGGCAGGCCGCCGUGCUGCGACAAGGUGGGGAUCAAGAAGGGCCAUGGACCCCGGAGGAGGACAUCAUCCUGGUGUCCUACAUCCAGGAGCACGGCCCCGGCAACUGGCGCUCCGUGCCCAUCAACACCGGCCUCAUGCGCUGCAGCAAGAGCUGCCGCCUCCGCUGGACCAACUACCUCCGCCCCGGCAUUCGGCGCGGCAACUUCACCCCCACGAGAAGGCAUCAUCGUCCACCUCCAGUCCUUGCUGGGCAACAGGUGGGCCGCCAUUGCUUCUUACCUCCCGCAGAGAACAGACAACGACAUCAAGAACUAUUGGAACACCCACCUCAAGAAGAAGCUCCAGAAGCAGCAAGCCAUCGGCGCCAUCUUCGCGCCACGUCCGCCCUCCGAACCUUCCAUCAUACCGGUGGCGGACAGCUACGCUCGCCCAGCCAGCAGCACACCAGCUCCAGCUGAUGAGGUCACCCAAUUCAUCGGCCAGUGCUCGCCGCCGUUCGCUGCCACCAACGGUGACACCUUCUCGUCGCCGUACGCCUCCAGCAUGGACAACAUAUCCAAGCUGCUCAACGGCUUCAUGAAGAGCUCCCAGACGCAGGAUGACGCUGCUACCAAUAUCAAGCCCUCCUCGGUCAUCGACAUCAACCCUUUCGAUCACAAGUCCGGCGGUGCACUACCACCCAUCUCCGACGACGUGCCACUGCUGAUGCCGCCGCCGCAGCAGCAGCAGCAGGCGUUGACGGGACACGGGGAUUACCACAAGCCCAAGCUGCAGCAGCUGUCCUCCAUAGAGAAGUGGUUGUUCGACGAGGCCCCCGAGCAGAUGGAGAUCUCCGACGGCUAUUGCUCAGUUCCCAGCAUGCUGCUUUAG